AUGCUCGAUUCCACCAUGUCCGAACCUCUAUCCAUAGCCAUCGACCCCGUGGCCCUGGUGACUACAGAAUGCAUUACCGUAACCUCGUCUAUGCGGAAGCAUGCCCGAUGGGCGCACUCCUCCGUCUCCGCCAUCCUGGGCGGCAAUGGAGGGUCUCGUGUCUACGAGCGGGAUACUUCUGCACCCCCCAGCCCGCGCAAGAGCAGCCAUUCGCCUCGUGUCGACGAUGACCAUGCCCUGGCAAAUCGAUGGGGUCUACGUGGAAAGAAGGGAAAGAGCAUGCAGGACAACCCGUUGAUAUCGGCCUUCACACGCCUGCGGAUUGACCUCAAGGGUUGUAAAGACAUCCGCACCUUCGAUACCCCGGCUCUCCUCCAUCCGUUCCUCCAGGUCAUCCGCUCCUCGUCAACCUCCGCCGUCAUUACUUCUCUCGCCUUGGUCGCCAUCACCAAGUUCUUUUCUUACAACAUCGUAAAUCGAGACUCGCCCCGACUACCAAUGGCGAUGCAGCUCCUCUCCGCUGCAAUUACACACUGUCGGUUUGAGGCGAGUGACUCCUCGGCGGACGAGAUCGUGCUGCUGAGGAUUUUGAAGUUAAUGGAGGGCAUGCUCUCUCGGCCGGAGGGAGAACUGCUAGGUGAUGAAAGUGUCUGUGAGAUGAUGGAAACAGGAUUGAGCAUGUGCUGUCAAGGCCGCUUAUCAGAGGUGCUCCGCAGAUCUGCCGAAAUGGCCAUGGUCAACAUGUGCCAGGUCAUUUUCAUGCGCCUGUCGCACCUAGAUCAAACGGUCUCUCCAGGACCAGCUUCAUUUGCAGAUGAGAAGUUUAAAAUGGAAGCAACGAAUUUGAAGAUGGAUCCUUCCGUCAAUGGCAAUACCGUGGCAUCACAACACCAGUCCGCCAUGGGAUCCGACACAGCAGCCGCUGAACGUGGCAGCACUAGUCGGGAAGGGUCUCCCGAGAACACAAGUAGCGCAACCACUGCUGCUGCUGCACCUCCGAACCCGGAAGAUGACACUGAGAUCGAGGUCAAGCCGUAUUCUUUACCGUCUAUCCGAGAACUGUUCCGCGUGUUGAUUGAUCUCUUGGAUCCUCACAAUCGACAACAUACAGAUACCAUGCGAGUCAUGGCUCUCAGAAUCAUUGAUGUUGCCCUGGAAGUGGCUGGUCCAUCUAUUGCUCGGCACCCUAGCUUGGCUGCUCUGGCCAGAGAUGACCUUUGCCGGUAUCUCUUCCAAUUGGUCCGUUCGGAGCAAUUGGCCAUUCUCACCGCAUCUCUCAGAGUCGCAGGUACCUUGCUCUCGACAUGUCGGCCUGUAUUGAAGCUUCAACAAGAGCUUUACCUUUCAUACCUGGUGGCAUGCCUGCAUCCCCGCGUGGAAAUUCCCCGUGAGGCUGGUAUUGAUCCAUCGCUCUACGAGGGUGUCCCCCAAGCGCCCAAGCUCGUGAAACAACCAUCAUCACAAACCAACAGUGGCAGAUCCACCCCAGUCCCGGUGAAGGACCGACAAAAGCUAGGCCUCGAGGGCGGCUCACGGAAGCCCGAAGCGCGGGAAGCAAUGGUUGAGAGCAUAGGUGUCUUAUCGCGCAUCCCCAGCUUCAUGACCGAGCUAUUUGUCAACUACGACUGUGAAGUGGACCGAGGAGAUCUGUGUGAGGACAUGAUCGGAUUGCUCUCUCGAAACGCUUUCCCAGAUUCUGCCACAUGGAGCACUACAAACGUUCCUCCGCUAUGCUUGGACGCUUUGCUAGGCUACGUGCAGUUCAUAUAUGACCGAUUGGACGAUGAGCCUGUGCAAGGAGACUACCCCCCACAAGAACUCCUUCGCAGCCAACGGAAAACCAAGAAGCUCAUCAUCAAAGGAGCACAACUGUUCAACGAGAGCCCCAAGCGUGGCAUUGCCUAUCUUGCAGAGCAUGGUAUCAUUGAGGACCCCAAAAACCCGGUGCAGGUCGCCCGAUUCUUGAAAGGGUCGGCGCGCUUGUCAAAGAAGGUGCUAGGUGAAUUCAUCUCCAAACGUGACAAUGAGGAGUUGUUGGGCGCAUUUGUGGAUCUCCUAGACUUUUCAGGAAGGGAUGUAGUCGAAGCUCUACGAGAGCUGCUGAGUUCAUUCCGUCUGCCUGGCGAAUCGGCCCUUAUUGAACGAAUCGUGACAACCUUCUCUGAGCAUUAUACGGAGAAGGCAAAGCCCGACAAAAUUGCCAAUUGUGACGCACUUUACGUAUUGACCUAUGCCAUUAUCAUGCUGAACACCGAUCUUUUUAAUCCCAACGUGAAGCCUCAAAACCGCAUGUCGUUCCCUGCCUUUGCAAGGAAUUUGCGAGGUGUCAAUGGAGGCGGUGACUUUACGGAAGAAUUCCUUCAGGAUAUCUAUGACUCCAUUGCAGCGAACGAGAUCAUUUUACCCGAAGAGCACGACAAUAAAUCAGGUUUCGACUAUGCCUGGAAAGAAAUGCUUCUCAAAUCAUCCGGAGCUGGCGAGAUGGUUGUGGGCGAGACUAAUAUUUUUGAUGCCGAGAUGUUCGAAGCGACCUGGAAGCCUGUGGUGGCAACUCUAUCCUAUGUUUUCAUGUCUGCUUCGGACGACGCAGUCUACUCCCGCGUGGUCAAUGGCUUCGACCAAUGUGCUCAGAUUGCUGCUCGUUACGGCUUGACUGAGGCAUUUGAUCGGAUCAUCUCAUCCCUUUCUUCUAUCAGCACCUUGGCGACGACCAAGCCUCCAAGCACUGCGCUCAACACUGAGGUACAGGCAGGCAAGAAGAGUGUUAUGGUGAGUGAGCUUGCUGUGAAGUUUGGAAGGGAUUUCCGAGCACAGCUUGCUACUGUGGUGCUGUUCCGAGUCCUAGCUGGCAACGAGUCCACGCCUAAGCAGGGUUGGGAGCAUAUUGUUCGCAUUCUCAGUAAUCUGUUUAUCAACUCUUUGAUUCCGUCGCUGGAUUCGAAGAUUACGGCCGAGCUUGAUAUCUCUCCAAUUCCGCUGCAACCUCCGUCUCAAAUUGUUGACCGUGAUAGAAGUGGGAACGAAAGUGGACUGCUGUCCGCAUUCACUUCCUAUCUCUCAAGCUAUGCCGCCGAUGACCCCCCUGAGCCAUCUGACGAAGAGCUGGACAACACGCUGUGCACGGUCGACUGCGUGACCUCGUGCGCGAUACCUGAUAUCUUGAAUAACAUUAAGUCGCUUCCUCUUUCAUCUCUCGAGAUGCUUGUUGGAGCUCUAUUGUCUCAGCUUCCCGAAGAGAACGCCCUGGCAGUCAUUGUUGUAAAGCCCGAGCGGCCAAGCCCCGUUUCGAGAAGCCCCAACGCUCGAAUUGAUCCCAAUCAACCUAAAUACGAUCCGUCCAUGGUCUUUGCUCUGGAGUUGGCAACUGUUCUCACUAUUCGAGAUGAGAAGACUCUGGGCGCACUCGGUGAGAGGCUAGCGACGACUCUUCAGACCAUGGUGCGCGAUGCGAAGAACUUACAUCCAUUGAGCGUCUCUCGUAUUGUCUCAUAUCUGCUCAGCCUUCUGCGACUCAGUCAUGACCAAGAUUUCAUGAGAGUACCCGUCGUGCUACAUGCCAUCUCGGGAUACGAUCAAGACAUCCUGGAAAUGGUUGCUGUGCCGAUAGUGAAGGGUCUUGCUCGUUGUGUUAGUCACACACGUCGCCUGGGGAACGAGAUCACCAUCUCCCCAGACUUCUGGUCAAUCUUACAGAGGCUGCACCAGCACGGAGAGGCCGCACCGAUGGUGUUUGAGUUGCUUCAAAGCAUCGCCGAAUCUAUGCCUGACAUUGUGACACCCGACAACUACGAAUCUGCUGUGAACCUUGCGAACGACUUCGUCAGUGCUGGACACGUGGGGUCUAUUAACGAACGCCAAAGAGAUAUCCAGGCUCGACGGACCAAGGGUGUUAAGCAACCCAAACCCACGGAGAACCCCGUCGUCGCUCGCGGAAUCAAGGCUAUUGGAUUAAUCUAUAAUUUGACUGGACGGGUCCCCGCGUUGAUCAAGCAGUCUCAUCUUGAGGAACGGGAAGCAUGGGCUGCCUAUUGGUCCCCCAUUUUCCAAUCCUUGACCAGCCAAUGUGUCAACCCCUGCCGCGACAUCCGUCACCACGCAAUCUCCACUCUGCAGCGAGCUCUCCUGUCCGCUGAUCUUGUCUCUAGUGACGACAAGGAGUGGUCCGCUAUCUUUGAUGAAGUUCUCUUCCCUCUCGUUCUUCGUCUUCUGAAACCAGAGGUCUACCAUUCUGACCCUAAUGGCAUGGGCGAAACCCGAGUUCAGGCCGCAACAUUAGUCUGCAAGAUCUUCCUGCGGUUCUUGGACCAGCUUCCCAACCGCGAGGGUAUGCUCCCUCUCUGGCUCAGGAUCCUGGACAUCCUCGAUCGCAUGAUGAACAGUGGCCAGACCGACAGCUUGGAGGAAGCGAUCCCCGAGAGCCUGAAGAACAUUCUUCUGGUCAUGGCCGACGGCGGCUACCUCGUGCCUCCGUCACAGGAUCCCAGCAAAGAGGAAAUGUGGAACGAGACUCGCAAACGUCUUGGCCGAUUCCUACCAGACCUCUUUGCCGAGAUCUUCCCCGAGGCAGGCAAGGACACGGAGAAGUCCCAGCCAGCCUCUGUUGUCAACUCUCCUGACCAGCCUGCCAGCGAUGCGGACAAGAAGAGCGAAGAGACUGAAGCCCCGUCUAACGACACUGCGGAGGAGAAAGAUACCAGCAACGCUGACGGUCAAGCAGCUUCCCAGGAAGAUGUUUCUUCGUAG